CUCUCUCUACCCCCUCUCUCUCUCUCUCUCUGUCUCUGACCAUGCAUACUUGUGCAGCGUCCUCCUCAUCGUUCUACUUCCUUCUACCUCAUCUGUCUUUCCUAAUUCUCUGUGUUCAUUUCCCUGUUGCUGUCUGGAUAUAUCUUCGCUCCCUCAUCCAAGCCCCCCUCCUCCCUCCCAUCCUCUCACUCGAGCCACCUGCUGCUUGUGUUCAUAUGGAAGAAUUGGAAGGACGAGAAUGACAGGAACAGACUUCCACUUGUGUGACCGCACCAAUUUUGCGAUUAUGUUUGGCAAAUUACUGUCGCUUUCUGACGGUCUGACGGAAUUACACUGUCUGGCAGGCAUCUGCUCACACGCAACAGGUAGAGAGCCCUUCCUCGUCAGCUGAACAUAUGUAACAUCACAUCUUCAUGAGAUUUCAUUCAUGCCUUGCUGCUUUGCUUACGCUCAUCGGCCGGCUAUGCACUGCGGCACACUGUAAUUGUAGCCAGACUUAAAGGCAUGUUGUCUGUUGUUGCUUGCUUUCACAGACCCGUAUCCUUGCAGUGUCUCUCACAUCUUUCUUCGUGUUUUCUGUUUGCGAUUCGUCUGCAAAAUUCUCAGAGGUAACAUGCGGGCUUCUAAAUGCCUGACCCUAUCAGAGGAGAGAUGAGGCACCUAGAUGCUGGUUUACCAUGAGCAGCGUCCACUUCAACCACUCCCUUGCUGCCAUGAGCGGAAACGACAUGAUGGCGCACUCUCUGACUCUGGAACAGAAGACAGUGUUUGCUUUUGUGGGGAUGCUACUGGUGUUCCUGGGGCUGCUGAUAGUGAGGUGUUUUCGGAUCCUGCUGGACCCCUACAGCAGUAUGCCCUCCUCCAACUGGGCUGAUGGCAUUGAGGGGCUGGAGAAAGGGACGUUCGAGUAUGCCCUCACUUAACACAGGGUCUCACACAGCCAUGGAUGUCCCCGCAAACGAAAAUGUCCACAGAAACACACGGGCAUUCAGACGGACACGGACACACUCGCAGACCUGCAAACACACACGAGCCACAGCCCUGCACAACCAACUCACCUGACCCUGACACACCACUGGGACAUCGCUCCGGGAGCAACCGAACUGUGACACCGAAGCUGUGUAUGUGUUCAAUGUGUGUGUAACGUUAGAUCAGAGUGUCUCCCGACCGUAUGUGACUACCUGUUUGUCGUGUGGAUGGGAGUGAGUGCGAGGCAGAUGCUGUGUCAUAUUGUCUGCCCUUCUGCCACGGGGUGUGUAUUUCAGCUCAUCGAUCUACACAGAACUUGGCUGAAGCUCCCUUUAACCCAUGCCUACAAGUUGAAUGUCUAUUAAUGAUAAGAGGCGACUGGAGGUGGAUGUUCGUGGAGCAGAGUGAGGACUUAAUGUGCAGUGUCCGUGUAUGGUUUGAAGACUCAGGGACAAGAAUAUCGACUUAGAAUGGGAUUCAGAACGGUUGCACCUCUGCACAGCAAAACUGUUCUGCACCAGAAUGUAUAUGGGUGGAUACAGGGUAUUAAGUCAACCUAGUGUUUUGUGUACUAAUUAAAUCCAGUCUGUUGGUGAUUCAAAAGGAUGCUGCUGCUGCUGUAUGUGCUGCUGCUGCUACUGCUGCUGUGUACAGAUUGAUCCUUUCUGUGGUGUCUUGUUUUCUGAAGUCAUGCGACGAAUGGCAACUGAACAAACUGUGACUUACAUUAUGGUGUUACUGUUUCUAAUUGAUGCAAAAUCGCCUCUCAGAGUUUGCAGUGCUGCUGUCUUAGAAUGAUGGUGCACCGUGUGUUGCCACGAUAACGUGUCUGACCGAGACAAGAAUACCAAACUGUUUACUUUUGACAGUAUGUCUUUAAAGACAUACGAGAAUGUUGAUCCAUGACUUGUCACCUGUUCCCUUUGACAAGCGUUCUGUCUGAAGGCUUUCUCUGGAGA